AACGACAAUACUUCCAUCGCCAUCUCUUGCCUUGCUCCUCAGUUGCUCUUAGACUCUUGCUGAUACCUACAACGCUCCUGGUAUUUCACUAAAUAUGGCCGUCUCAAGGCCGACGCUGCUGCUCAAUCGAAUUCUCUCUUAUCGCGAGCUCUCUCCCUUGCUUGUCAUCACAGACGAUGUGAAGCAAUCAGGCAGGCCCGUCAUCAGGCUUCUGGAAGAAGCUGCCAAAAAAGCAUCACUACAGGUCAUUACUGUUGGCUGGGAAUCGACAUGUGCUGUAUGUACCGUACAUGCGGAUGAUCCUGGGCAACUACCACAGCCAAAGCCAAUAGAGCAGAUUCUCAAGGACAUUGAAAGUCGCAUAUCAGGCACGAGUAAAGUAUUGAUUGCACUCCACGAGCUCAAUGACUUUCUCACCACCUCAGCCGGCCAUCUAUCCACCAUCCUCUCCACCCUCCUCGCAAUCCAUCCAGGUCGAAUCUGCAUUGUUGCGCUAUUCCAUGCUGAUAUCCCACUCCUGGGCUACCCAGCACACCUACCAACACCAGAAACACUCCUCUCCUUCCUUGCAACGACACGCAUCCAAGUACGCAGUACACACCACGUGCGACUCGAACGAGAAGCUGCAUCACGUGCUCAAACGAGUGUGAUUGAGUUGGACUUGGAAGGGCGGGAUAUCGUUUUACCUGCGCUAGGUUGUCAAGAUACCCUGUUGUAUUUGGAGGUAGAGCAUCGUCGACGGAGUGGUCGGGGUGUGCAUGAGCGAUGUGUCUUGGAUACAGCAACUCAACAAAUUCUCACAGAAGAGGAUGUCCCUGCACUACAAUUACACUCGCAACAAGGCGAUGUGGCGAGUCAGCAACAGCAGCAGCAGACGCUGGAUGAGACGGAUAUCCCCUUCAAAUUGAGUCUUUCAGAGAAGGAAAAGCAGGAUCGUGAAGGGGUUGUCUUGCCACACUUCACUAUGCAGGAUUUACCAGCUGAUGAGCGACACGGUGGGCAUAUCUACUAUGAGCCAGACUCAGGUGAUGAUUUCGACAUGGAAGAUCCAGAUGAUGACUUGCUGUUGUAAUCAAAAAAGGGUAGUACUAAAAUGCGCUAAGAGUCAUG